AAAAUACAACACUGGAUAUCUUAGAUCAUACUCCUUGGUUUUGUGAAUUGUGGAAGAAAAGUGGGGAGCAUUAAAAAAACAAUUUUGAAGACAGUUCAAAUUAGUGGAUUCUGGUUUUAUUUGUAAACCUGCCAAUCUCUGAUCAUGUCUUCAGUGUGGUUUCUAUAAAAUAUUAUUGGCACUGUCAUCAAGAUCUUGUGACCCACCAUAUGAUAUGUUAUAAAUAGACAACAGGUUGGUAUUGAUCUUCUUCUUUGACUGUUUGUUAAACAGGAGUGCGUUCUACACAGAUGUACCAGAUUCUCAGUUUUUUACUGAGUGCAAAAGGCUAUUUCCAAAGUGACAUUUUUGUGAAGGCAAAUGCCUCCUCUUCAAUACAAGUUAUUCUGCUCAUUUUUCAUCUGCCUUGUUUUCAUUGCAUUAAACAUGGCAUCAAACCAAAGGAGUUUCACUAUUGACAAAGACAAUAACUGUUUCUGUAAAGAUGGUAAGCCAUUUAGGUAUAUAUCUGGGUCAAUGCAUUAUUUCCGGGUGCCAAGAUGCCACUGGAACGAUCGUCUCAUGAAAAUACGAGCAGCAGGAUUAAAUGUAGUUGAAAGCUACAUAGCUUGGCAUGUCCAUGAACAAACUCCUGGUCAAUAUGACUUUUCGGGAGAGAAUGACAUAUUUGAGUUCAUCAAAUUGGCGCAGAAGAAUGGCUUGCUGGUUAUUUUACGGCCAGGUCCUUUUAUUGAUGCUGAGCGAGAUUUUGGUGGGCUUCCAUGGUGGCUUCUAAAGAAGAAAGACAUCAAGCUAAGGACAUCAAAGGAUGAAUUCUUCAUUAAAGCUGUCCAAGAUUGGUAUGCAGUGCUUCUCCCAAAGCUUAGGCCAUUUGUCUAUUGUAAUGGAGGACCAGUUGUCAUGCUCCAGAUUGAAAAUGAGUAUGGAAGUUAUUUUGCAUGUGACAAAGAUUACUUGGAACAGUUGCAGCAGUUCUACACAAAGUACCUUGAAUCAAGUGUUAUCUUGUUCUCUGUUGAUGAUGGAUUCCGGGAAAAUGAGCUUAAAUGUGGAAGUCUUCCUACCACGUUUAGAACUGUUGAUUUCGGACCAACAAAGGAUGUUGCUCAUGGAUUUGAUAUAUUGAGGAAACUACAGCCAAAGGGGCCUUUAGUAAACACAGAAUAUUACACUGGAUGGCUGGAUCAUUGGGGGGAGCCACAUCAAAAGAGAGCCACCGAACUCGUUGUUGAUCAGCUUGAUAUAGUACUUCAGCAAAAUGCAUCUGUUAACUUGUAUAUGUUUGAGGGUGGCACCAACUUUGGCUUUACGAAUGGCGCUGAACUAAUGAAAGACGGGGAGUUUCAACCAGAGCCAACCAGUUAUGACUACGAUGCACCACUUUCAGAGGCGGGAGAUCCAACUGAGAAGUAUUUUGCCUUGAGGAAGCUUAUUUCCAAGUACUUGGAAAUCCCCCAAAUGCCUGUGCCAGGACCAACGCCAAAGGUUGCAUAUGGGAAAGUUUCUUUACCAAAGAUGAUUACAAUAUUUGAUGCAUUGCCAUACCUUACGCCAGAUGGCCCUGUCAAAUCACAGUAUCCAAAAUCAAUGGAAGAUCUUGACCAAAGUUAUGGAUUCAUUUUAUACAGAACAAAAAUUAUUUCGAGUGAUCUAUCAAACACAAUGACGAUCAAAAUUGAUGCACUUCGUGAUCGAUCAGUGAUCAUGGUUGACAAGGUUUUGCAAUGUAGAUUGAAUCGAGGUGAUAACAUUCAAGCUGGCAUAAAGUCUGGACAAGAACUAGAUAUUCUAGUUGAAAACCAAGGAAGAGUAAACUACAAGUAUGGCUCAUUCACUAGCCUUUACGACCCAAAGGGUAUUAUUGGUAAUGUAACAUUGAAUGGCGAGAUCCUUGAAAACUGGGAAAUCUUCCCACUUCCUUUAAACAAUACUGCUCGAAUUCCAUGGGAAAGCAUAGAGACGAAUUCACAUGAUACAAAUGGGAUCCCGAGCUUUUAUUUUGGUGAAUUUUCUGCCAAUGAAGUUAAUGAUACGUUUAUGAAGACAUCCUUAUUUACAAAGGGUCAGGCAUUCGUUAACAACUUCAACAUCGGCAGAUAUUGGACCCCAAUGGGACCCCAGCAAACAUUGUUUGUUCCACUUAGUGCCAUAAAGAAAGUGCCAGAAAUGAAUCGUGUUAUGCUGUUCGAAGUUGAUGGACUAAUCAAAGAUCCGACUGAGGCGUUUAUCGAGUUUGUGGAUAAACCAAUUUGGAAAGAUUAAAAACUCCUUGUGUGUGUCACGAAGACGCUUAGAACACCAGAUAUUAACUUGACCGUGCCUGUGAUUGCUUGCACGUGGAGUCCUUCCGAACAUUGCACAAUCCCAACGAACUCUAAACACCGUGGACAAAAUAUAUCAAGUAGUUUUUUAAACUAGUAAAAAAUUUAUCAGUCUCUGUUGCAUCUAAUUUUUCCAAUAUUAUAUCGCGUACCUCCAUUUGUUGACAGACUCAAGUUAGUGUUGUUAUUGCGAUUCCAGUUUCUGCCCCCACCUCAGUCGAUUAAAGAACUUAUUUUUCAUCCGAAUUUCCCUCAAACGUCUCGUAAAUACCAUAAAACAGGCCACAGCUGUUUACUCAAACGAGAA